AUGCGUCCCAGACAGACGCUGCUCUGCGCCGCGGCGCUCGCGCCGAUCGCGCACGCCCUCUGGCCCCUCCCGACGCGCAUCCAGACCGGGUCCACGCCCCUCCGCCUCUCCGCCGCGUUCGCCAUCCGCGUCGCCGUACCGCACGCGCCCGCGGAUCUCCAGGCGGCCGUCAAGCGCACCGAAAGCUACCUCUGGACGGACAACCUCGGGCGCCUCGUCCCCGACCGCGGCGCCUCGGACGCCGCUGCCGUCAGCCGGGCGCGCGAGCUGACGACGCUGACCGUCGCGCUGCGCGCCGGCGCCGGCGUCGCGAGCGUCUCGGAGGAGGCGAUCAAGGAUCUCGAGGCGCGGGACGACGCGUACGCGCUGGCGAUCCCGGCCGGGGGCGGUACGGCGACUUUGACGGCGAACACGACGCUCGGGCUGUUCCGGGGAUUGACGACGUUCGGCCAGCUGUGGUACACGGUGGACGGGAUGGUCUAUACGCUCGAAGCGCCGAUCGCGAUACAGGACGCGCCCGAGUUUCCUUACCGCGGUCUCCUGCUCGACACGUCCAGACACUUCUUCCCGGUAUCCGACAUCGAACGCACGCUGGACGCCAUGAGCUGGGCCAAGAUGAACCAGCUCCACUGGCACGUCGUCGACAGCCAGAGCUUCCCGCUCGAGAUCCCGGGCUUUACCGAAGUAUCGCGAAAGGGCGCUUACGACGCUUCCUCGGUGUACGGUCCCUCGGACGUGGCGCACAUCGUCUCGUACGCCGCAGCCCGCGGAAUCGACGUCCUCGCGGAGAUCGACACUCCCGGGCACACCGCGAUCAUCUCCGAGUCGCACCCCGAGCACGUCGCGUGCCCGCAAGCCGCUCCCUGGGCCGAUUUCGCCAACGAACCCCCCGCGGGCCAGCUGCGCCUCGCCUCGCCCGCGACGCGCAACUUCACGCGCGGGCUGAUCGCGGCCGCGGCGCGCAUGUUCCCGUCCGCGCUGUUCAGCACGGGCGGGGACGAGGUGAACGUGAACUGCUACGAAACGGACGGGCCGACGCGGGACGAGCUGGAGGCGGCGGGAAGGACGCUCGAGCAGGCGUUGAGCGCGUUCGUGGUGAACAACCAUCGGGCGCUGGAGGAGCUCGGGAAGACGCCCGUCGUGUGGGAAGAGAUGGUGCUGGACUUUAACGUCACGUUGUCGAACGAGACGGUGGUGAUGGUCUGGAUCAGCUCCGAGAACGCCGCAGCGAUCGUGCGGAAGGGGUACAGGCUGGUGCACGCGCCGUCCGACUAUUUCUACCUGGACUGCGGAGCUGGCGAAUGGCUGGGGUCCGAUCCGGAAGCGAACAGCUGGUGCGAUCCUUUCAAGACUUGGCAACGGGCGUACACGUUCGACCCCUUCGCCAACCUCACCGCCGAAGAGCAGAAACUGGUGCUAGGAGGACAGCAGCUGCUGUGGACCGAGCAGUCGUCGCCGGCGAACCUGGACUCGAUCGUGUGGCCGCGCGCCGCCGCCUCGGCGGAGCUCUUCUGGAGCGGGCCCUCGCGGACGAACGUGACGGGCGCGCUCGCGCGCCUGCACGAGCUCGCCUUCCGGAUGCGGCGGAGGGGCGUCGGCGCGAUCGCGCUGCAGCCGACGUGGUGCGCGCUCCGGCCGUUCGCGUGCGAUCUGACGGCGUGAAGCCCCCUGUGUUUGUGUGGGUUGUGUCUCUGUCUGGAGGGAGAAAGAAGAAAAAAAGGACAGGAGGGCGCAAAGAAAAAAACAAGGACAAGGACAUGGCAUGGCAUGGUUUUGUUUUCGUUGCGACUGGCGUUCAUCGAUAUCCCAUCGAGAAGGCCGCGCGGUCGGGGACCGAUGCGUUUGUCAAUGUGUGUAAUACGCGGUCGUUCGAGUUCAUUUGGUUGCCGGUCGCGCGAGAGAUUGCUGUCUUUCGAAUUGUAAA